GGGAGGUGGGGACCCACCUGGAAGCGCCGCGGCCCCGCCGUCCAGCUUCCUGCGGUGGCGGCCACCUGAGCAAGUGGUGUGGUGGGGGUGGAGAGCGGCCACGGCGGCGGCACCUCCCCGAGUGGCCCGCGGAGACCUGCUCCACGAGGAAGAUAUCAAGUUGUGCUAGUACAACCAUAUAAAUAAUUAAUACCUGAAGUCUAAAUGUAACAUGGACAUUAACAGUGAUGACAGAUAAAUGCAGACGCUUGGGAAUCAUAUACUAGGCGAAACACUUUCAAAAAGAAAGGAAUUUAGGAGGUUCUAGUAUUCUCCAUGGCUGAAGCUGAGAGUCUGAAAUCCUGAUGCUUAAGCUCUAUUCUAGAUCAUAGCUCCAACUCCUUCAGGAUAUAAGGAAAAGAGAUAAUAUUUCCACAAUGAUAGAUCUUUGGUUGUACAGGUUUCCCAAUGAGUGGAUCAUGAUGACCGUAUUGUAGGGACUUGCCAUAGUAUGGCUGCUUCCCGAUCUACUUGUGUUACAAGAUCAACAGUGGGGUUAAACGGCUUGGAUGAAUCUUUUUGUGGUAGAACUUUAAGAAAUCGUAGCAUUGCUCACCCUGAAGAAAUCUCUUCUCAUUCUCAAGUAUGAUCAAGAUCACCAAAGAAGAGACCAGAGCCUGUGCAAAUUCAGAAGGGAAACAAUAGUGGGAGAACUACUGAUUUAAAACAGCAAAGUACUCGAGAGUCAUGGGUAAGCCCUAGGAAAAGAAGACUUUCUUCAGAAAAAGAUAAUAUAGAAAGGCAGUCUGUAGAAAAUUGUGAGAAAAGGCAAACGGAACCUGUUUCACCAGUUUUAAAAAGAAUUAAGCGUUGUCUUAGAGCUGAAGCACCAAACAGUUCAGAAGAAGAUUCACCUAUAAAAUCAGACAAGGAGUCAGCAGAACAGAGAAGUACAGUAGUGGACAAUGAUGCAGAUUUUCAAAGGACUAAACGAGCUUGUCGAUGUCUUAUACUGGAUGAUUGUGAGAAAAGGGAAAUUAAAAAGGUGAAUGUCAGUGAGGAGGGGCCACUUAAUUCUGCAGUAGUUGAAGAAAUCACAGGCUAUUUGGCUGUCAAUGGUGUUGAUGACAGUGGUUCAGCUGGUGUAAACUCUGAUGACUGUCAGCCUGAUGGGAACACUAAACAAAACAGCACUGGUUCCUACCCAUUGCAGGAAAAAUCAGUAGCUGAAAAUGGGGAUUCAGACACCCACACUUCAGUGUUUCUUGAUAGUAGGAAGGAGGACAGUUAUAUAGACCAUAACGUGCCUUGCACGAAUUCAGAAGUGCAGGUCAAGUUGGAGGACCACAAAAGAGUAACUGCCUGCCUACCCGUGGAGCAUGUUAAUCAGCUGACGACUGAGCCAGCUACAGGCCCAUUUCCUGAAAUUCAGUCUUUAAGGGAUUCUGAGGAGGAAGUAGAUGUGGUGGGAGAUAGCAGUGCCUCAAAAGAGCAGUGUAAUGAAAGUACCAACAACGCCCUGGACACAAGACUUGAGAGUAUGCCAGACUCCGGAGAACUGGAACCAUCUUCUAUUCUAGACGGUGUGUCAGCUCAAACGAUGUCUUUAUCAGAACCUCAAGAACAUCGAUAUACUCUGAGAACUUCACCACGAAGGGCAGCCCCUACCAGAAGUAGUCCCACGAAAAACAGUUCUCCUUGCAGAGAAAAUGGACAAUUGGAGGAGAAUAAUCUGAGUCCCAAUGAAACAAAUGUAACUGUUAGUGAUAAUAUAAGUGAGUCUCCCACAAAUCCUGAUGAAGUUUCUCAGAAUGAUAAAAGGAUAUGUUGUGACUCUGAAAAUUAUGGGAGUGAAGGACAAAGUAAGCCACCCUCGGAGGCAAGACUCAAUAGUGGAAAUUUGCCAUCUGCCAAAGAGAGUGCCAGUCCGCACAUUACAGAAGAGGAAGAUGAUGAUCCUGAUGUUUAUUACUUUGAAUCAGAUCAUGUGGCACUGAAACACAACAAAGAGUAUGUGUAAAUAUGGUAACCAUGAAUUCUGCUUUGUUUAUUAUUCCCCAAGUUUUCAGUAUUCGUAAAUGUCUAUUCUUAGCAUUUUUAUUAUAGCUAAAAACUAAUGCUUUAGCUGAAGUUUUAAGUUUAACAUAAUUUUCUCAUCUCAUUAAAAAAAAAAAUCUGCCAAAACAAGAAAGACUUUAAAACUCAACUUUUAUUUUCUCAAUGGCAAUAUGGUUUUCUAGUUUUGGUAUUUCAACAUGUCUCAAUUAGAAGUGACAUGUAGAAACUUGGUUGAUGAUGUUUUUGUUUUUAAUAGUUUUAUGUCAUUUGACUUAAUUUAUAAAAUGGGAAAAGAAUCUGCUCAAUAAUUGACAUAGAGCAUUUGAGAUUGCUUUUUCCUAAUUCUAAGUUAUAAGGGGAGACUGUAUCUUAAAAUAAUAUUAGUUCUUAACUUUUGUGAUGAAGGUACUUUUUAAAAUAAAGAAUUCAGAGUCUAAAUUUAUCACAGUUGUCUUAAAUUUCCUUUGAAGAAUUGGAGCUAAUAAUCCUGAAAGGAACUAUUAACAGUGUUUAUCAUAGAUCAGCAAUAGUAAAAGACAUAUAUAUGUUAAUCAUCUUUACUUUUACAGUGUAGGCUUUUGAAUUAAUAUCACAAUCAGAUUAUAUAAGCUACGUAAAAAUACUGAUAUGAGGAAUCUUUGUAAUGUUUUUUUGUUAUGACAGUUGC